AAUGGCACCGUAUUUCUAAAGUUGUCACUGAUUUAUCUAUUAUAUGAUUAUGCCGUGUAAAUAGUUUCUCUCUGGUUGAAUUAUGAUAAGUAAUUUGUUACUUAUAGUUCAACGAAAGAGUACCGCUCUGAGAAGUGCCAGUACUGCGUUUUUUUACAAUGGUGAACUUUAUAGAAUUAAUGCAGAUCAGUAAUUUCAGAGAAGUUUGCUCUUCGAUAACUAUAUAAUAUGCAGCGACUUUUUGCAUAUGUAGAAAGAGCGUAAGGUUUGACUCAAAAUGCAACAUAAGUCAUGCUUGUAGUAUUCAUAAGCUGUUUGCCGAACGCAAACGCCUUUUGUGCUUACCGCAUCGAUAGUUUUGUCUUGCUUGACCGCGUGGAUUUGGCAAUCCACCAACAAUUUAUGAAGAGAAAACAAAGUCAACAAAAUUAUGUAUGACGAGAAUCGAAAAACCCCUCGAAAAUUAAACUCAUCAAAGACAAGAGACGACUUGGUUCAACUAAAAACAAGUACACGUGCAAAUCAGGACCAAUCACCACAGAAUUCUAAUCCUAUCGAGGAUGCUUGGUCGGAAGGUCCCGCGAACCGUCUUCAUGGAGGCAAAGAGGCGAAAAAGGGCGAACCACAAGAUCAACAAGGAGGAUCGCAAGAUCAAAUAGUAAGCAAAAAAUGUCAAGGAACGGAGCGGGAAAAGCUUCAGAGGCACGAAGAGACGGCGAAGAAGAAGCCUGAAAAAAAGCUGGACGCGAAGAAAAAAGCUGAAAAAGAGUCACCAGCGAAGAACAAGGCUGAAAAAGAAUCACCGGCGAAGAAGGUUGAAAAAGAAUCACCAGCGAAGAAGAAGGCUGAAAAAGAGUCACCAGCGAAGAAAAAGGCUGAAGACCUACCGGAAAAGAAAAAGGCUGCAGAAGAGCUAGCGACGAAAAAAAAGACUGGAGAACUAGUGACUAAGAAAGCAAAGCUGGUGGAAACGAAAAAGCCUGAAGAAGGGCUGGUGGAAAUGAAAAAGCCUGAAGAAGGGCUGGUGGAAACGAAAAAGCCUGCCUGA